GUUCACUGUUUUUGUUCUUUAAAAUAUCUAUUUCUUCCCAUUCAAGAAGUCUCCUUUCUCACUCACUCGCAGCUCCAACGACCAACUACAAGCUACCCCCACCUUCCGUAUUUCAGAAUCGAAAACAAAUUAAGCAAAAAGGAGGGUCAUACUCGUAUCUGCAAAAGAGGCCAAAAAAAAAAAGUUUCAGCUUCUGCGAAACAAAAAGGAGAUAUUAUGAGCAGCUCGUUGCCACGCUUUCCUGUGCCUCAUAAGACGCUCUCUUUGGAAAUUAAGGGGAAAAAGACAGAUAUUGUCAUCUGCAGUUAUGAUGAUCAUUUCUUUAUUAUAGCAACUCAAAUAGGAACUAUGGGCACAAUACUGCACGCCAGGAAGGAUGAAGGAGUCUUGACCCAACCAACAUUCGACGUGUCUGUUAUUUUUGGCAAAAGGGACGAACCAAUGCUAGUGGCAUGCGCUCGUCAGCUGAUAGAGCACAUUAGUGUGUCCGGUGCUGCCAGGCCGUUAGUCCUCUCUCUUGGCCUGAAAGACCAUUCUGCGGAGACACUGAAGGGUAUUGUUACUGCCGUGGUCGAGAAUCGUCUUUGGUGACAUGAUGUUGCUUCAAUAGUUAUUAGAGGUAAACGUUGAUGGAUUAGCUAUUGCUUGUACAAGGACUGCAGAAGAACGCAAAAGGCCUUGUUGGCACUUUCUAGAACCCAUUUUGGUUUACGAAGAAUUUUAAA